AACAAAACACCCACGAUGGGGAAAAACCAAGAAAACAAGAUAACAUGCAGCAGACAGGACACAGAUUAACUAAGACUGGGUAAACUGAACAACACUAGACAAACGCUAAAUAACAGACUUACAAAACUCGACUUGACUUGGAAUAUUAAACAGACCACUGGUACGGACAGGAACAAGAACAACGAAAGAGCACAGGACAAUGAAACAAGAGGGUAUAUAUAGGUAAGACAAACGAGGGAUAACGACAUGGGGCAGGUGUGGUUAAUCAAACACUCAGGGAAGGAUAACAAGGAAACGAGAGGAAUGGGGCCAAUGACAAGACACUGGAGAGAACGUAUAUUAUUGUCAAACGGACAAUAAUAUGUUUCUCUCCACACAUAACCUAAGGACUCUGCCCCGAUCCCACCACACGACUAGAAUUUCAUAAACAAGACGGUGGGACCGUGACUCAAAACUCUCAGAGCCACAGAUGUGGUACGGUUGAACAUCGGUCUCGCAGAAAGUAAUUUAAAUGAAAAUACGGCGUAAUUUGUUAUGUGUUUUAUGCUCUCUGACCACAUAGCUGCCGGUUCAAUGCCGUUUGGCUUUAAACAAAUUAAUCCUGGUUACUCGACAGAGAAAUGAAUUCAGAUCUAUGUUUCUGUGAUAGAUGUGAAUUGCUAAAUGUUACAAUACAUCAGAGGAGCGUGUGGUUUUAGUACCAUUGAAAGAGAUAGAUCUUUACUCUCUUGACCUUCAUUUAUCUGUAUUCUGGAGAGCUUCUGCGUGCUGGAACUUGUUAUACCUGAGUAGCGAAUGAAGUAAUGAAGCUAAUUGGAGUGAUUAGUUGGCCAGACAGUGUACUCAAGUGGGAUGACCGAAUUUCAGCAGUGUCUGAAUGUGAGUUCCUGACAAAUCCACCCGGCAGUUUAGAUCAACCAGCCGGAUAUUAAGAAAGCUGUGGGUGGUGCCAUGUGUGUGUUUGACUCCUAGGUGGAUGAGCAUCUAACUGCCUGUUUGUUUGUCUGCCUUUUUGUUCAGUAAAAGUAAACAGGCUGGUGUGAGUUUAAUCUCAAAUAUAAUCUAAAAUUGAAGGGGAGGGGGACAUUUUAUAGUAAAAAUUUGCAGUUUUCAAAUGAGUUAGAUGUUUAAGAUUUUAUGUUAUGAUUUGAAAAGCCAUAUGAAUUAGAGCAAGGGUGAAAAUAGUCAUGCUGAAACUAGGGGUGUGACAAUAUACCAGUAUUGACAAUAACCGUGAUAUUAAAAAGCAUGUUUAUCGAUAUUGUCUUAUAUCUACGCAUGAUAUUGUCAUAAAUUAAUGGCCAAAAAAGAGAAAACACAAAGUAAUUUAAAGGCAUUGUAAAAAAAUAUAAUAUUCCCGCACCUGCAUGGGCAGCAGAAAAAACUGUAAAAUAGCGUUUUUGUCAAGUAAAAUUACUUUUUCACAUUAUUUUACACCUAACUUGUAAAUUUGCAUUUUUACCGCAUUUUAAAAAUUUGUGAAAAUUCUGUAAAAUAAGACCCUGAAAUGUUGUUAUAUUACAGUUUUUUACAGUGUGAUAGUAUUAUUUAAGUCUUUAAAUAAAAAAAACAGUUCAAUAGAUAUUGUUAUAUUAUUGUUAUCGGCUAUGAUAAUCGAGUAGUGAAAAUCUGAUAUCGUGACAGCCCUAACCGAAACACUAGCCGUUCAGUAUUGGCAUUAAUAAAGAGAAAAAAUGAUGCCUCAAAAGUGUACAAUGUGGCUUCUUUUGGAUCUCUUGCUAGAAAAAGCUAUAUGUGCUCAUCAGGCUCUUAGAAAAUAUUCUGCACAUGCAAAUCACUGGAAUCCUGAAAAGGCUGAAGGAAGUCUUGUAAAAAAGUUAUUAAUAGGGCUGUCACAAUGAUUAAAUAAUCGUCUCAUCGCAAUUAUUUCAGAUAACUGCAAUUAUUGUGAAUCUUUAGAAAACAAGGGUGAUCUGCAGUACAUGCUGCAUUUUACAUCCACAGUCCUUGAUCUGCACUCACUGUUACAUUCAAAUGACAUUUCUCCAUCAUUUGAGUUGUAAUAGCUUUGUAUUUUUUAGUUGAUUUGUUUUGUUUCCAGACUUGCUGCAUCUACACAGCAAGACCCUCAUAUCUAGUUUAAGUGCUCAAGACAGACUCUCUGUUAAGGUCACUCUAUAGUAAAUAAUAUUCGUUUUUUACAAAAUUUUCACAUUUUUUAAAUAUAUAGUUUCUUCAUUGAAUAAAAAAUGUUAUAGUUACAUUGUCAAAGCCUUAAAACUGACAAUUAAUCGCCAUAACUGCAAUUAUUUCAUAGACAAUUAAUCGUCAGCAAAAUUUCAUAACCGUGACAGCCCUAGUUAUUAAUACCAUCCUGCCGUUCCAAAGAGUCAUUGGCAGUCUCAUCAUCCCCAUAUCUGUCAUCAAUCACACAGAAGAAGUUACUGACUCACUGAUCAUUUAAUGAAAGCGCUGCUCUUUGUGAAAUAGGCUGACAUGCUUCAGGUUUAACACUGCUUUUGUGCCUGAAGCGAAAGUGCCUCUGUCAUCAAAGCUCUCUGGAUUUAAACAGCCUCAAACUUUACCAGCGACGCAAGAGGAAAAAAUUAGCUGUGAAAUGAUUGAGCGGAAAUGAGAGCCCAGUUUGAAUAAAAAGAUUCAGUCAGCAGAACUGGAAAUAUUGGCAAAUAAAAAUGUAAAUGUGUCGUGGUUGUUUUGUUAUCAUCGCUGAUUGAAGAACGGACGUUGGUUAUUUAUGGUAAUGGACCGACUCAUAAACAGUAAUACCCCUAAAAAUGUCUCUUUUAAUCUGUGUGUGUGUUGGGGCAACAUCUUUAUCACAGAUUUUGUAUCCAUGUAACAUACUUAUUACACGCUAUUAUGGCCCCGAAGAGGUAAUGGAUUUUUUUUAUAGGUCUUCUAAAGGUGUUUGUGUUGUGGAUCCUCUCUCUGUCACUAACAAACCUCCGGAUAGUCAGUGACUUCUGCUUUUGUUCCGUUUUAUCGCCGUACCUUUACCGACUAAUCAGCAACAAAACUCUCGCUCUUGUUUUCUUUGAGAGGCGUGUGUCCCAGAUUACUGCGGGUGUGGUAGAGUGCUUUAUGGCGGUAAUGUAUUUCCAAUCAACAUUGCCAUACUUCAUUUUUACGAGCAGGAGUGGGGCAUUGUAAAGCAGGCAGAGAUAGCACUGUGAAAUAUUCCUCCCUGUCUUCUCAGCAUGACCGCAGCUCUUGUAAUUUCAAACUGCGCUCUCAAAUGAAAUCAACAAAAGCUCAAGCCACAAACUUCAGAAUCUUCAGAGUAACACAGAGACCUGCGGGUGCCGUCUUUUGUCUUGGGCUACUAAUAAUUGGUGUUGUAACAACAGCCAAGUACAUGCCAUCAAAGCCCUAACAAUGCCUUAAAGGGAUCGUUUAAAAAAGUUCAAUAUCACUCUUAUGACUUUCUUCUGCAAAGAGACGACUUUUUUGAAGAAUCUUGGUAACCAAACAAUAUUGGCCCCCAUUGACUUCCAUUGUAUGGACACAAAACCACUGAGACAUUUCUCAGAAUAUCUUCUUUUGUGUUUCGCAGAAUAAAGACUCAAACAGGUUUUGAAUGACAGGAGGAUGAACGAAUUAUGACAGUCCCGGGAGCCAUGAAUCAUACUUUUGCACUAGUUUCGUGGAGACAGGUUGGUGUAUUAGAAUAGUAAGUACAGUUUAUUUAUACAUUUAUCUCAGCAAGGCUGGCCAAAGUGCUGAACCAAGUCAAAGGGUAAAGCAUCACUGAUUAGGUUGCCAGCACCACCUGGUCCUGUAGAUUCAUCCUCUACAAUAUUAGGAAAAUUAGACCUUUCCUAUCCCAGCAUGCUACGCAAGUCCUAGUCCAGGCUCUUGUUCUGUCCAGACUGGACUACUGCAAUGCGCUACUGACUGGACUUCCAGCUUGCACAACCAAACCUCUACAGAUGAUCCAAAAUGCGGCGGCGAGAGUGGUCUUCAAUGAACCGAAGAGAGCGCACGUCACUCCUCUCUUCACUAAGUUACAUUGGCUCCCUAUAGUCGCUCGAAUCAAAUUCAAGACUCUGCUCCUGGCCUACAAGACCACCACUGAUUUGGCACCCCCUUACCUUCACUCGCUAAUGCAGACUUGUAUACCCGCCAGAUCCCUACGCUCUGCAAACGAACGACAUCUUGUGGUGCCAUCCCAAAAAGGGAAAAAUCUCUCUCCCGUACCUUCUCGGGAUCGGUUCCACAUUUAUGGAAUGAUCUGCCCGCUGCUACAAGAUCAGCAGAUUCUGUAGCCAUCUGAAAACACAUAUUUUCCGUCAACACCUGACUGACCAGUUCUGACUUCUAUCUCUUUUCUACUCUUUCAAAAAAAAACUUAGCUCUGUGGUGGCUAUAUGAGUUUUCUUUUAUUGCACUUAUGCUUUUUGUUGUCCUUAUGUUGUUCCAAUUGCUUCCAUUGUUUCCCUCAUCUGUAAGUCACUUUGGAUAAAAGCGUCUGCCUAAUGACUAAGUGUAAAUGCAUAAAACAAUCAACACAACCAAUAAAACAGAUGAAAUCUAAAUGGAUUCCAACAGUAUGCCUGGGAGAAGUUGUAAUAGAAGGUGCAAGGCGGAUGUCCAGUGGCAGUUGAAUACUGAAUACUGUACUCUUUAUCACUGCAACUAACAUUUUCUUUUCAUUUAAAAACUGCGUAGUGAUAAUGUGGUCAAUUUUACAUGAUGUUGUCCUCUCUGAAAAUGAGGUGAGAAAAAAAGCCAUGAUGAAAUAUUCCCCCGUUAAAAAACAACAGGCUUGAAAAGGCUAAACAUGAUGCAUGUCUGCAAUUUGACUCGCGCAGGCUUUUGUAACAUGAUGCUAAAUCCUGUUGCCGUGACAGGCUACACCCACAAACAUGCUAUUUACCUGUUUAGAGAAGAAAAUGAUUUUGCCCUUUUUCCCAUCACCCUUUCAUUCUGCCCGCACAAAUCUUUUUUUUUCACUCGCUUUCCCUUUAAUUCUUUAUUUCUGCCGGCGUCUCAUUACACCACCGAAACCCACUCUGCUGCAUUGCACCUUCUGUUAUUAAGUGUGUGAAUUUCUCGAGCCCCUAUGACGGCACAGAUGACUGCAGAUAAAUGCGCAGACCAUUGACUUCACACUGAACGCUAAGCCCAUCUAUGCUCUGCAUUGUGAUGCUGUUAAAGCAUGACCAGAGACAUGAUGCUGGCAUUGAUUUAAUGCUGCAGGCAUUAGACAAGGUAGCUCUCAAAUCAUUGCUGCGGCAUGUGUCCGUGUCUAAAAUCAAGAUAUAAAACAUGCUGACCUACAAACACCCUCUCUUUCAAUGACACGCACAUGCACACACACCUCCGUAGAUGUACCUGUCCGAUGACACCGUUUUGCUCUCUAACAAUCUUGCUAAUUAUAAUUGUUAAUUAAUUUUCUCGCAGUGUCCUCAUCAAGAGACUAAUAACCUACAUUUUACAUAAUUAGACCUUCAACCUUUUACUCCCACUCUCGUUCCCUCCCUCUUCCUCUCAUCCUCUCCCUCCCUUUACAUCACCUCUCUCUCUCUCUCUCUCUCUCUCUCUCUCUCUCUCGCUCUCUCUCUCUCAUAUUCUCUGGAUGUUAGUGGGUUAGUGUUAUGUCCUGUGCGCUGGUCUUUUCACCCGUGACUGUGGCUCGACCCCUCGCUCUUGUCCCUUCCCCUGGUCUUUUAAUGUCAGUGUAUGACGGCCAUCUUGUGCACAUCUUUUCUCUCUCACAUACGCUGUGACCUGGUUUCAGAUGCAGCUGGAAGUGCUACAGAUAGCCACCUGUGUGAAGAGGUUGGACGCUGAAUAAUACUUGUCUGUGUUUACAAGCUUUUUUGGUUUAACGUUCCCCGCAGUCUUAUCAAAACGGCUCAAGUACCCCAUCAUUGACACUUCGUUUUACACAUAAAGUGAAAUUAAUACUUUGGAGAAAUGUUUAUGGUUAUGUUUACUUGAGUGAGGAUGAAACCAGGGAUGAUGGUAGCCUGGUAAAAGCCAUUUUUUAAUACAUAGAGCGAUUUACAUCAUGGGUGCUGCCAUGGUAUAGACGGUUUGAUUGCACACAUGCGUCUGGCCCAAAGUUAACUUCUGGUCUGUGUUUGUUUAUUGGUCUGACUAGUGGCUAAUAAUUUAACUUUUUAUUUUAAACAAUUUAUAUUAAUAUAUUAUUGUAUAAUAACUGUAUUAAAUAAACAAUUUGUUAAAUGGGUCGUGUAACUUUGUCACAUCCAAGUAUACCCAAUUAACACUUUUUCUUUUGGUAACCCAAGAUAAUACUGGCUAGACCAGUGGUUCUCAAACUGGGGGCCCCAAGACGGAUAUGCAAUCAAACAUCAGAAAAAUAAGACCACCAACCAAAAUAAUUAAUGUUUCAGCAUUGCAUAACUGAAUAUUUUAUUGGUUUAAUUAAAAUUCUAAGUUUAAGAUUAUAAAUCUUUAUUUGGGGGGGCCGCAAAGCAAUGCACUCUACACAAAGGGGGCCUUACAACGAAAAAGUUUGAGAACCACUGGGCUAGACAUAAUUUUAACUUGCUACAGUAGCUAUUGUAAUUUACUUGAUAUUUAUUUUGCUUGUUAUCAGAAAUAAUCUUCAGGCACUCUAUUCUUAGCAGGCGUGUACCGGAAGUUAAGUUUGGGCCAAAAAAGCGUGCAACAUAAACAAACGUUACUGCGCAUGCACACGUCCGUGGACUGCCCUUAACUUCCGGUACACGUUCGCAAAUAAUAGAGUGCCUAUAUAUUAUUUCUGACAACAAGCAAAAGAAACUGAGAAGGAACCGUAACUUGGCUAAACUUGCCUCUUUUAGACUGCGAAAUUGCAUGUCAAUGUCAAUGUCCCAUACGGUUUCUUUAAAUGCAACAAAACUACAGGACCCAUUCAACAUAUUGUUUAUUUAAUAAAAUUCUUAUACAAUAAAAUAACAUAAUAAAUUAAAAUGUGCACAUUUGGUGUCACUCCCUAGAGAGCAGAAAAGGCUAUGAAUUGUUAUGAAUAGGUUUUUUGUCAUAUUUUAUCAUAUUUUGUCAUCUGUUUUAUAGGUUUUACAAAGCGAUUUUGAAAGUUUCACUUGGAAUCUGGCAAUCUGUUCUUUUCCGUGUCUCAGCAUCUACUUUUAUGAAGCGGGAAUGUCACAGUAACAGAAUGAAGAUGCUUAUUGAUCACUGAUCAGAUAUCUUUGCUUCUACAUGCUCGUCUGAACCUGCGGAGCUGACCAAGGACGAGCGAGUUGGUGUCCAACAUGUCCCUCUCCCCUGUCUCUAUCUUUCUGUCCUCUUUCCCUCCCAUAAUCUGUCUCUCUUUCAGUCUCUAGAGAGGGGUAACCCAGAUUCAAAAAUGAAUCGCUGCCUAUUUCUCUUCAACUACUCCCUCCUCUCUCUCUCUCUCUCUCUCUCUCUCUCUCUCUCUCCCGUUCUCUCUCUAUGUCUCACUUUACCUCAUCCCCUCUUUCUGUCGGUAAAAACAGAAUAAAUCUUGGAAAGUGAAAAUCGCCUCUUUUUCCUCACCCCCUCUGUUGGAGGAAGGAAUAUACGUCCAUUCAUUACGUCCUGCUGCAUCUUGAUUUCCUGGAAAGCUGCUGUAUCAUCUUCACUCUUUCUGGGUUUUGAUUCUUUUUUGCAGUCGUAAUUUCUUCGCAUGUAGAUCUUCUUUGCUGCGAGGUUGUCUUUUUAUAACUUUUCACAAGUUAAGGAUUGAUCGUAUAGAAUAACAAGAGAUUUGAAGAAGAGAGAGGUGGCUACAGGUGAGGAAGAGGAGUAGACAACCAUCAUCUGAUUUCUGCCAAAUACACAGUCGUCUUCUGUGUCCUGCUCUCUUCAGCUGGUAGCAUGUCUACACCAGUCUCUCCAUCUCUGUCACCCCUGGCCCUGUCCUCCCCAUCUCCCACCUCCUCGCCUCUCCCCUCUCCUCUUUCUCCUCCGCCAAGACUCCCCGUGUUCCAGAGGAAGGGAGCACUCAAACACAAGAGGGUUGUUGAAGUGAAGGACCACCAGUUCACUGCCCGAUUCUUCAAGCAGCCCACGUUCUGCAGCCACUGCACAGACUUCAUCUGGGGAAUUGGAAAGCAAGGAUUCCAGUGUCAAGUCUGCAGUUUUGUGGUGCACAAACGCUGUCAUGAGUUUGUUACUUUUACCUGUCCUGGGGCCAUCACUGCACCCAAAGCGGAGGAUCUCAAGAGCAAACACAAGUUUAAGGUACAUACAUACUCCAGUCCUACCUUCUGUGAUCAGUGUGGCUCUCUACUCUACGGCCUCAUACAUCAGGGCAUGAAAUGUCCCAGUUGUGACAUGAAUGUACACAAGCGCUGUGAGAACAGCGUCCCCAGCCUCUGCGGACAGGACCACACUGAGAAAAGAGGCCGCAUUCGCCUGACCGUUCGCGGUGAGAAAGAGGACAUCAUUAUUUCAGUACAUGAAGCACAUAAUCUGAUCCCCAUGGACCCUAAUGGCCUGUCAGACCCUUAUGUGAAGCUCAAACUCAUCCCUGAUCCAAAGAGCCAGAGCAAACAGAAAACCAAAACCAUCCGUUCUACACUCAACCCUAUCUGGAACGAGACCUUCACUUUUUCAGUGCGGGGGAGGCAGUGGGACAGGCGUUUGUCUGUGGAAGUCUGGGACUGGGAUCGGACCUCACGGAAUGACUUCAUGGGCGCUUUGUCAUUCGGCGUCAGUGAAAUAUUCAGACGUUCUGUCAGCGGCUGGUUUAAACUUCUCAACCAGGAUGAGGGAGAGUAUUAUAACAUCCCUGUGCCUGACCCAGACCUGCAGGUGUUAUUGGCAGAGGAGAGGGGGAGUGAGCGUCUGUUUGCAGUGAAGGUGUUGAAGAAAGACGUGCUGUUUCAGGAUGAGGAUACAGAGAGCGCUAUGGUGGAGAGGAGAGUGCUGGGCCUCACGGGACGUCCUCACUUCCUGACCUCUCUUUACUGCGCCUUUCAGACUGAGGAUCGUCUGUAUUAUGUUAUGGAGUAUGUGAACGGCGGUGAUCUCAUGUUUCAUAUCCAAAUUGUCGGGAAGUUUAAAGAACCACAUGCGGCGUUCUAUGCUGCUGAGAUAGCCAUGGGUCUUUUCUUCUUACACAACCACGGCAUUAUAUACAGAGAUCUAAAGCUGGAUAAUGUAUUGCUGGACAACGAAGGGCACACAAAGAUAGCAGACUUUGGGAUGUGUAGAGAGGGCAUGAUGGAGGGCGACACCACUCGAACCUUCUGUGGCACACCUGAUUACAUCGCACCUGAGAUUGUGGCAUACCAGCCGUAUGGUAAGGCAGUAGACUGGUGGUCAUAUGGGGUCCUGCUGUAUGAGAUGCUGGCUGGUCAGCCUCCUUUUGAUGGCAUAGAUGAGGAGGAGCUGUUUCAGUCCAUCAUGGAACAGAACGUUUCAUAUCCUAAGAGUCUCUCUCGGGAGGCUGUGGCCAUCUGCAAAGGGCUCCUGACCAAGAACCCUGCAAAGCGUUUGGGUGGUGGAGAGGAUGCAGAGAGAGAGAUACGGGAACAUCCGUUUUUCCGUUGGAUAGACUGGGACAGACUGGAGAGACUGGAGAUACAGCCCCCCUUUAAACCCAGAAGUGGAGGUAGAAAAGGAGAGAACUUUGAUAAGUUUUUUACGUCUGCCCCCUCAGCCCUCACACCCUCUGAUCCAGAUGUACUGGCAGCCAUAAGUCAAGAGGAAUUCCAAGGCUUCUCCUACACAAACCUGGACUUCCCCUCCUCACCCCUCACAGCUGUCUGAGAACACCCAUGUCAACCAGCACCAAUCAUCUUCUGACUUUCCUGCCCCCUGUCAUGAUCUAAACUACAGUGACCAAAAAUAAAUAAAUUGUGUAGCUUUAGCUUGCUCACAGUAGGAUUUAGCCUCAGUUAGACCAGCCAUAAUCUUCUACAGCAUCUUUAAUGUGACUCAUAAAGGAAUAAGGAUUAUUCAUAUCAUUUAGCCAAUCCACUCUUGAGGGUAACACCCUGAACUAGUUAAGAGUCAUGAAUUCAUGCCUUUAUCUGAUUGGACAGUAGAAUCUCAUUGGGUUUCCCGUUGGAUGCUAGUAGUUCCAUGACCUAAUUAUCACUGACUGUAUAAUAGACACUAAAACAUGUGGAACAUAAUUUUCGCUUUAAAGUCACCUUUUUCAUUUUAAGUAAUGCAAAUGAACAAAUGAGGUCCUGCUUGUCUUUACAUGAGAUCCAGUUUGCGCUAGUUUGGUUUAUUUAGCAAAGCAAACGAAGCCAGGAGAAUAAACAUCAAUAAUCUUUCCAGCCUCUGGCAACUUGUACAUAAACUCACUCUAUAAUUUAGGACUUACAUGAGAGCUACAAGAAAAUUAAUGCUUUGGCAUGUAAACGUUAGAUUAUAUAUCUCUGUAGAUGCAAUAUUAAUUAGUAUUUGACAAAUAUGAAUGUUUGGGAUCAGUGCUCCCUUAUUAUUGAAAGAAAUGACUGUAUGAAACAUGCAUAUUUAGAUAUUUAUGAUGAAUUUAUAUCCAUAUAAAGUACAGUAUGUGCAGCCAAUCAUAUUUUAACAUUAAGUCUGAAUAAAAACCAUGAUAAAAAUGAUUCUGUUAAAACUAAAUAAUCAGCAUUAAGUAAUGUCACAAAAACAUCAGCUGUUAUUAACCAAAUAUUUAUUUUUAGUGGACAGUCAUCUAUUGAUGUCGAGUACUUCAACUUUUUUAUGGUCAAGUACUUCAGCUGGUUUGAGUAUAAUCCUUUAGAUUCUGCAGUCUCAGAAAUCCACUUGUUUUACAUAGUUACAAUCAUGACGCCUGACCUGAAAAGACCUGGAUGUGCUGUUCCAAAACUGUCCAUCUAAUAUAACCUGAAAGUUGCACUGACAACAAAAAUACUGCAAACUGGAAGCAGAAACAUUUCUAGAAGAGGUGGGGAGGUGUGUAGAUGAGAAACUGAGAUAUGUGUGAAGACAGAGAUGAAUAGAGAUAUAAUGGAAGUAAAGGAAGAGUUAAGUAUGUAAAGUUAAUCCUAUAAAAAUGAGCAUGAUUUAAAAUCUACACUGCAAAAAAUAUUUUUCUUAAUCAGUAUUUUAAGUACUACAGUUUGCGUGUAAUUCAUUUAGUGUGUAAUUUAAGAUAUAUUAAUUAUAUAUUCGUUUUUUAAAUCUUAAUACCUUACACAAUUUUGGUUCUUGCGUACAUUUAUUGUUUUAAGUCUAGACAUUUGUACUAGGACUACUGAUAAUACUGAAAAUACUCAUUAAAAUAAAUAUUUUUUGCAAUGUAGAGGGAUACCAU